AUGAUCCUUUCAUCUCUCAUGGAUUCGGCCCCUCUGCCUAUUAUCGCAGAGAUGCAGGCGAUUAAGGAGCAGAUGGAGGUCAUGAUGAAUGCCCUCAAGGGACGAGUGUCCAAUGAUUUUGAUGACCUGGUAAACAGAACUGACUCACCAUUCACUACCUUCGUCAACUCAUUCCCCCUGCCACAGAAAUUCUGCAUGCCCCAGAUUGAAAGCUACGACGGGGUCAAAGACCCCCUCGAUCAUCUAGAGACUUUCAAGACCCUAAUACACCUUCAAAGGGUACCAGACGAGAUCAUGUGUAAGGCCUUCCCAACGAUGCUGAUGGGCCCUGUGAGGGUUUGGUUCAGUAGAUUGACACCAAGCUCCAUCAAUACUUUCAAGGAGUUGAGCGCCCAGUUCACCUCGCACUUCAUAGGGAGACAUAGGUACAAAAGGUCCACCGUGUGCUUAAUGAGCAUCAAGCAGCGAGAAGACGAGAUGCUGUGGUCCUACAUAACUCGUUUCAACAAGGAGGCCCUUUCAAUUGACGAAGCUGACGAUAAGAUACUCGUAGCUACAUUCACUAACGGGCUGCGGAAGGGUAAGCUUUUGUUUUCUUUAUACAAGAAUGACCCAAAGACCAUGAUGGACGUACUCUACAGAGCCAUCAAAUACAUGAAUGCAGAAGAUGCAUUGCUAGCCCGCGAAGAGAAGCCCAAGAAGAGGGAGAGACAGGAGGACACACGACAGGAUAGAGGGCGAAAGGUUGCUAGAAUCGGAGAUCAACGAGAUGAAAGGCGCCCUAGACCCCCCACUGGAAAGUUCACCAAUUUCACCCCAUUAACCGCCCCGAUAAAUCAAGUCUUGAUGCAGAUCAAAGAUGAAGGAGCACUGACGUUCCCUGGUAAACUAAAGGGAGAUCCCAAUAAAAGGCCAAGGGACAAGUAUGGUCACUUUCACCGGGACCACGGGCACGACACAGCCAACUGCUAUGAUCUGAAACAGCAGAUUGAGGCCCUUAUUAGACAAGGGAAGCUAUAG